AUGCAUGAAAACGAGCAAGCAGACGAAUGCAAGCCUGUUGAGUGCGGAGAUGCAGACGGAUCUUCCGAAUUCAAGUAUUGCAGGAAAUGCACAAAAAGAAUAGCAUUGGCCGAUGAGGACUGCUGGAGAUGUGUUUUUUGCACACAAAGAUUUCAUGAGCGCUGUAAAUACAUGAUAUGCGAUGCAUGCAGUAUUGAGAUUGCAAUUAGAAGACAGAUGAUGUGGUGUGCACCACCGCUGAUUCAGCAGGACGACAGUCCAAAGAUAUCGAUAGAGGAUUUUGAAAUCAUAAGAGUGCUUGGAAGAGGAAGCUUUGGGAAGGUUGUGCUGGCAAAACACAGUGACUAUGAAGAGCCUCUGGCGAUCAAGAUCCUUCGGAAGGAAAAGUUUGUGAACACGAAGGACCUGAUGUUUCUUGAGGUUGAAAGAAACGUGCUUAGGAAAGUUUCGCUAUCGAGCAAUCCGUUUCUGAUAAGCAUGAAGUUCUGGUUCCAGGACGCAGAGAAUGUAUUCCUUGUGAUGGAGUAUCUUUCUGGCGGGGACCUACUGCACCAUGUAAUGAAUAACUCGUUCUGCAAAGAGCAGAUCAAGCAGUAUGCAUCCGAAGUGCUGCUGGCGAUUGAGUUUUUGCACAAGGAAGGGAUAAUAUUCAGAGACCUGAAGCUUGAAAACAUCAUGCUUUCUGGAGACGGGCACAUUAAGCUUGUUGACUUUGGGCUGUGCAAGGAAAACAUAGGCCCGUUUGGCACAACGUUUACAUACUGCGGGACUCUUGACACUCUUGCGCCUGAAGUGAUUGCAGGCGAAGGAUACACUAAGGACUCAGACUGGUGGUCGUAUGGUGUGGUUCUGUAUGAGCUGUAUGAGAAGGAUCCGCCAUUCCACGGAUCUACAAACGGAGAAAUAUGCAGCUCGAUCAUGAAUGCAAGCCACUGCUACGAUAGAAUCGAUGAUGGCAUGGUGAGAGCAUUGAUAGACCGCUUGCUUGAAAAGAAUCCUGCAAAGAGAAUAGGGCAUGGCGAGGCCGAUGCCAAUGACAUAAAGGCCCAUGAAUACUUCCACGGUGUUGACUGGGAAAGUGUUGUUAACAAGCGAGCUAAGCCUUUGUUUAUUCCUGGCGAUUUGGAAUCCAACUUUGACACCGAGCUCUCGAAGGAAUCAACCAUAUUGCGAGGAUCGACUGCAGGCAAGAAGAACAGAUAG